AUGGAAGAACCUUUAAUUUAGAAUGAGGAAACAGAAUCCAAAAUUCCUAAUGAAAAAGUUAUGACAAGACUUAUAAAAGGUGAAUUUAGGUUUGAGAGAAGAUAAUACAUAUUUUUAAAUGUAAAUACUGUCAAUUUAGUAAUUUAAAGCAUAAAGUAAUUAGGUUUUAACAAUUUAUAAUUUGAUUGGUCCCAUUAAUAUUGAAGCAUAGAAAUCAUUAAUAUUUUAUGAAGAUACAAGAGUACCAUUAAAUGAUCAAGACUUUACAUUAAUGAAUUUAUUAAAUGCUUUAAUAGUUGUUCAUUUAUUGAGAAUUUUCACUUGUUUAUUGGGUUUCUUUAGUGUAUCAUAGGUAAUGAAUUCUCUUGCAUAGAACAGAAAUCUGGAAAAAUAAUGACUUAU